ACAGACAGGAAGUGAUGUCAGGUACAGACAGGAAGUGAUGUCAGGUACAGACAUUGCUGGAAGUGGCAGCAGAGGAGGGAGACCUGUAUAGAUCACAUGAUGGCACCAAUGAGGAUGGAGGAGGACCGGAGUCACAUGACUGAGAAGAUACUAAACCUCACCCUGGAGAUCAUCUACCUGCUGACCGGAGAGAGAUUUCCUCUUCUGAAGUCAGGUGAUCAUAUGACCAUCACAGUGCCUCCAUGUGACUCCCUAAACCCUGAGAGACACACAUGCAGAAGAUUCUAGAAGUCACCAAGAAGAUGAUGGAGCUGCUGACAGGAGAGGUUCCUAUAAGGUGUCAGGGUGUCACUGUCUAUUUCUCCAUGGAGGAGUGGGGAGUAUUUAGAAGGACACAAGGAUCUCUACAAGGACGUCAUGAUGGACAAUCAGCCGCCCCUCACAUCACCGGAUGGAUCCAGUCAUGGGAACCCACCACAGAGAUGUCCCCGUCCUCUGUAUUCCCGGGAUUCCACACAGGAAGGUCACACCAUCCCUCACCAUCAUCAGAGUGGAAUCCUCGGGGAUGAUAAUAUUGAUGUUAAAGAAGAGUAUAAAGAGGAGGAUGAGGAGUAUGGAGUGAUGGAGGAGUUUUCAGAAGGACACAAGGAUAUGAUGGAGCCACCUAAUACCAGGAACCCACCAGAGAGAUGUCCCCGUCCUCUGUAUUCCCGGAUUCCACACAGGAAGGUCACACCAUCCCUCACUGUUGCAAGAGUGGAGAUCCAAUCGAUAUAGAAUUUGAGGUGAAAUCAGAAGAAGAAGAGGCGUAUGUGAGGGAUGAUCAGCAGUCUAUGGAGGAGGAUGGAAUAACGGGGACAUUUAUAGAGGAGGACACUCCUACAGAGAGACAUCAGAGAUCUCACACAGGGGAGAAGCCAUAUUCCUGUCCUGAAUGCGGGAAAUGUUUUUCACAUAAGACCCAUCUUUGCAGACAUCAGAGAUCUCACAUGGGGGAGAAGCCAUAUUCCUGUCCUGAGUGUGGGAAAUGUUUUUCAGAGAAGUCCAGUUUUCACACACAUCAGAGAUCUCACAAGAAGCCAUAUUCCUGUCCUGAGUGCGGGAAAUGUUUUUCAGUGAAGUUUCGUCUGCACAGACAUCAGAGAUCUCACACAGGGGAGAAGCCAUAUUCCUGUCCUGAGUGCGGGAAAAGUUUUUCAAGGAAGUUCGAUCUUUCCACACAUCAGAAAUCUCACACAUGGAGGAGAAGCCAUAUUCCUGUCCUGAGUGUGGGAAAUGUUUUUCAGAGAAUAAAGUUCCGUUUGUGCAGACAUCAGAGAUCUCACACAGGGGAGAAGCCAUAUUCCUGUCCUGAGUGUGGGAAAUGUUUUUUAAUGAAGUCCCAUCUUUCCACACAUCAGAAAUCUCACACAGGGGAGAAGCCAUAUUCCUGUCCUGAGUGCGGGAAAUAUUUUUCACGGAAGUUCAAUCUUGUCAAACAUCAGAGAUCUCACACGGGGGAGAAGCCACUUUCCUGUCCUGAGUGA